UUUUCUUUAUUUCAUAAUGAAUGUACUUAGUCGUGCUCGCGAGCGCAAACGCGGAAAUGCGCGCGCGCGUUCAUGCAUCCCCUUAAAAAAAAAUAGGGGAAUCCGGUCGCAGGGACGUGUACGUGUAUAUGCGACACAUACAUACGUCAUACAUUGCGGUUUCGUGUCUCGGCGGACGUGUGCAGAAAGAUUUCACGCGGCCUCAUCUAUCGCGCCAAACGAGAUUCAUUCUAUACGAACAUCGAGGGCCAUCGGGGCUUAAUACCUUUGUAUACUAUUGUAUUUUGACGGAUAAUUUCGCUUGAACUCUUGUGUUGUUUUAUCUAGAGGAACUUCGGACUUUAGACGAAUUUUUAGCGAUAAAUUGCACCAGUCGACGUCGUGUCAUCCACAAGUCACGAAUGGUAGCAUCGAUCGCAGCUCUGUUCCAAUAACUGAGAAGCCUGCUGUUUAUUUCCGAGACAAAAGAUACAACUUGUCUGACAGAGUGGAAUUUGAUCCUUUCGAAACGGCACGAAAGAGAAAGAGAGAGAGAGAGAGAGAGAGGGGGAAAGUGCGAAGGUGGGAGAUAAGAUAAUUAUAUGAGAAAUAAUCGACAAGCCAAUCCUAACGUAUCGUUCAUUAUGUGGAGUCGGUAGAAUCACUGGAGUAAUAAACACGCAGUGCUGUUCGUCUGUGUUCAUCUAAGUUCGCCUACUGGGUGAAAUCUUUAAAAUAUAUAAUUAUAAAAAAAUAAGCAAGAGAGACAGGAAGACUUUUUGUGUCACGAUGAUGGUCAAGGCUUUGUGCAAUGUCUUCUCGGCAAGACAGAUCAGCUUAUAUGCGAAAUCGCAGUUGUUAAAACAUAAUCAAUAUUCAAGUAUAGAACGAUUAACACGUAUGUUGUCCUCGCAUCAUGUCUCAAAGAAUAUAGAAUUUCUCUCGCAGGACAAUCGUAUCGUGUCGUCUAAAAAUGUCACACAAAUCAAUGUGACAAACAACCGUCCUUUAUUAGUUAUUCUUACUUGGCUCUUAUCAAAGCGACGACAUGUGAUGAAGUUUGUUAACUUGUACAUGGAACAGGGUUUCGACGUGGCAGUGGUAUCUCUUACACCAUGGCAACUUAUGUGGCCUGUAAAAGGUUCUAGAUUAGUGGCGGAAGAUUUGUUAACUUUCUUAAAGCAAAAUGAAAGUUACCAACAAAUUUUGUUACAUGGAUUUUCAGUAGGUGCUUACAUGUGGGGUGAGGCUUUGGAUUUGAUACAAAGCAACAAGGACAAAUAUCCUAACAUUGCAGACAGAAUUGUCGGACAAGUAUGGGAUAGUAUAGCUGAUGUUAGUCAAAUUGCGAUAGGUUUUCCUCGCGCGGUAUUCCCGAAAAAUAUGAUGCUUCAGUCUAUGCUACGGAAAUAUGUGGAAUAUCAUAUGAAGACAUUUCAUCAACAAGCGACGCAAUAUUAUAUUCGAUCCAGUCAGGUAUUUCAUACUGCCAGUAUAAUACGUGUACCAGCGUUACUAUUUGUGAGCAAAACUGAUCCUGUUGGAGCUGUAACCAGUAACUUAAUUUUGCGCGAUACCUGGGAAUCUUUAGGAGUAAAGACAUAUGUAAAGAUAUUCGAGGAAUCGCCGCAUGUUGCCCAUUUCUAUACGUAUCCUAAAGAAUACAUUACCGAGCUCUACGCCUUCUUACAAAAGCUAAACUUAAUACAAAACGAAGAAAAAAUCAGAGCACGCCUUUGAAUAUUUCAAAAGUGCGUUAUUUUCUAUAUGUAGCCGUAUAGUAUUUUUUAUACAGUCUUCAGCAUUAUUUUUGUGCAUUCAUGAUAUUUAUCACUUGCCACGUACACGUAUGAUAUACACACACAUAUAUAUAUAUAUAUAUAUAUAUAUAUA